GUGACGUAAAGAAACUUCAAAAACGGGAAAAUGAAAAUGGCGACAACACACUCAACGCAUUCAUCGACGAGUGUUGUUUGUUGUUUUUAAGUUUCGUAAAAGUGCACAUUUGUCGUUUCGACCUUUAUAAUUAACUUGUGAUAUGGACAGAGCAGAUGCCAAACGUACACAGUGCUAGUAGUUUGUGAUAUUAGUAAAAAAACAUUGAAUAAAUUUAUUUUUGUCCUCGUCAUGAAGUUAUUUACAUAAUUUUGCAAGAGUUCUCGAGCUACGAUGUUUACCCCAAUAUUCUUAGUGUUUUUGUUGUGCGGAAUAAGUGCCGAACCGGAUACAGUAAAGUUUCGAUGUGAAGAGAGUAGCGAUAAUGGUCCGGUCACGACAUUCUUACCUUCGGCAGACGGAGUCAGGGGUCGUUACACUGCAGAAUUGUGCGCCCAGCAUAAUUCUAACAUGACAAACUUGACGAUAAACCUAACUUUUAAAAAUAGCAUCAAUGCGUGCAACACCACUAUAAGGCGCAAAUACAUGUCACCUGGUACUCAGCACUCUUCUAACACUGUAGACAUAACCAAUCUGACUAACUGUACCCGGGUGUGUUACUCCAUGGACUUUGAUAUGAUAUUUAGCAGCUGCUAUGAGAUCAAGAGGACAUUCACUCAGGGUAAAACAACUGGUCCUCCAUUUGACUCAUACCACCUUGUUAAUAACUCCAUCACGAUGGCGGACUAUGAGAAAAAUAAGCCAAACGUUAACUUUGUUAACCAUGAUGAUUGGGUGUCUCUGCACUGGUACCUGGGCAUACCUCUAGUAGACUACAAUGUGACACUGCACAGAACGGACAGCAACCAGGAGGAAUACUUAAGCCAGGCUGAGGUUGUGACGCAGAACUGCAGUGUGCAGGAAAAUGUGGAGGAACUGUCCUGCUUGCUGUCACCAGAGUAUGGAUGCUACCAGGCCAUACUGGAGCAUGGCGGCCUGUGGAUAUCCGGCAUAUUUACUGACAUGAGAUUUGUCAAGUACAACUUCUGCCACCAGCGCGCGGCGGCUGUGUCGCUGCGAGCGCGGACGGGCGCGGCGUGGUGGGCGGGCGGCGCGCUGCUGGCGGCGCUGGCGCUGGCGGCGGCGCUGGCCGCGCACCGCUGUCUGCGCCGCCGCUCCUACCACAAGCGGAUGCUCGACAUCAUGUUCCGGAACCGCUUCAGUGAGACGGACCCGCCGGCGGCGCCCGCGGCGCUGGCGCCCGACUCGCGCGACAUUCUGCUGCUGUACGCGCGCGAGGGAGACCUCGGGCAACAAGUCGUCGACGCACUCAAGGACCUCAUCACAGAAUCCACUGGAGCCAAGGUGUACGACCUGUUCAGGCCGGAGGUGGUGAGCGCGCUGGGCGCGGCGCCGGGCGCGUGGCUGCGGGCCGCGCUGGCCGGCGCCCGCCGCGUGCUGCUGCUGCAGGGGCCCGCGCUCACCGCGCUCUACGACCUCAGGUUGCAGCAAGACCAGCGGGGACUCACGCUCCGCGGCGCGGCGCUGGGCGCGAGCGUGAUGUACCGGUCGCCGGCGCCGGGCGACGACCUACUAGCUGCGGCGCUGCGACUCAUCGCCGACUCGCCGCACUCCCACCACCACUACCACAAGUACUACCUCGCCACUGUGUCGGGGCUGGAGACGGACAUCCUGCCGAGCGUGGUCCCCUACCGCCGCUACGUACUACCCGAGGCGGCGCGCGUGCUCGUGGCCGACCUCGGCGGGCCGCCCCUCACCGCGGGCCCGCAGGCGACCACUGAGUCCCCCCCGGGCGGGGCGGUGCGCGCGGCGACGCUGGCGCGGCUGCAGCAGGCCGCGGCCGCCAUGCUGCAGCACGCCACGCUGCACCCCGACUACUUGCACGAGGAACUCAUACUACUGCAGCCCGACGCGUAACCCACUGCUCGCCAUCUCCGACCAUGUUCUAUCCACACGUUCAUUUCUUUACCCUUUAAGCACCCACAGUUAGCUAUAGAUAACAAACAAAAUAAAUAGAGUUACUCAGGUACACAUUAUUCUCGCAACAAGCUAGAUCAUCUGAUUUGAGUAGUGCUAAUUGCAACGACUGAGCAUUUAUGGUUAUGCAAACUAAACGUGUAUACGAAGUUUCAUAUCAAUCGGUUCAAAAUAUCUGCUUCAAAAUUUAGUUGUAAGAUUCCACUUCACAGAUAUACUGUAUACAAUAAUAAAAGCUUGUAAAACGACAUUUUUGUCGAUUAUAGCUGACAGUGGCCGAUUGACACAAUAUUUGUUUGUCAUCUAUAGCGGACGGCGGUGAUCAAAGGAUGACACCACUUCACUUCUCCCAACCGAUGGCAUUUAUAGAACGAUACGUUCUAGUCGUUUUAUAUAAAUUGCGAGAUUCUACUGAAUAUAACUAGGAUUAGUGCGUAACGUGUAACUUGUACGUGAUAUUGUAAAUAUUAAUGUAGAGCUAUAUAGUGCUUCCAUGACAUACCGUGGGCAACGUAUAGGCGCCAUGCGUCGAAUCUCAUCAUAUUGUUAUAAUAUGCUUCAAUAAAGAAAAUAUCUACCUAGGUUACAAAAUAGCGAUGUAAAUUAUUCGUUAGAGAUUACUUAUUAUAAAUCCACUUUACGCUGAAGAAAAAUAUUAUUUCGUGUUUUAUAUCUCAUAUACUGAAUAUAUUGUUAUUGUGUACCUACAUAGACAUACUAUAUGUAAUUGAAAUAUAAAUCUCUCUAAUGUCUUGCGACAAAAAUGAUCUCGUACGUUUACUGGAGAAAUGAAACACGUUGCUACAUGUAACAGAAGUACACUACUAUACGAUAUAAUACUAUGUAGAUAUAUACGUAAGUAAAUAAUACACAGUACUUAUACUAAAAUGGCUGCUAUUAAGUACAUAAGUAUAUAAUGUAAUACUUGUAAUGUUAUUUUUAAAUAAUACAUGUUUCAUAUUACUGUUAUAAUAUUGGUAGGUACUAUACAUUUCAUACACAACAAUAGAAUAAUCUAACCUCCACCAUUGUGACAUCACAGCUAUGAAAUCUCCCAAAUUUGGUGGAGUUAGCCAAAAAGGAUUGGUAGUAUAAUAAAACAAUAAUGUUCUGUAACAUAAAACCAAUUUUAGAAUUGGUGUUAUUAAAAAAUAUUAACGCUUUUUGUUUGCUACCUGUAUUUUAAUGUGAGACAAAAGAAAUGUCACCAGACCUACUUAUUUAAAAUGCGUGGUACUGAACUUGCUAUAUUAUGUUGUCACUGGUUUUGUGAUAUCAUCGUCGUCAAAAGACUACUAUUGCUGAACAAAGGUCUCUCCCUUAAAGGGAGCUGCCAUAAUCACCGAGCUUGGCAGGCGGCUCGGGGAUCGCAGUACGGUUUCCAACUGAUUAGAAGAAGCCUGUCCUUCAGUAGGUCUGGUUCAAACCCAACACAUGUGUAAUGAAUACAGCGCGUGAUUUUAAUCAACAUUUUCCUUCAUGGAAAACAUUUUAUGAUAUUAUGACAUGUAUAAGGAUAAUCUAAUUUCAUAGCUUAGAUGAUACAUUGUGAUUAUUUUGGUACAAUAUCGAUCUUGCCGGUUAAGUAUGAAAUACUAAUGUAUGCCGGGAAAUGUUAGAUGCCUGCUAAAUAAUAUUGUGUAUAUAUAUAUUGUAUGUAUAGUGUAAAUGUAGGUAUUGUUGUCAAGUUGUUGUCUGUGUCGUUAUAUUGUUUGUAUACCCCUGUACCUCUCUACUUCCCUGGGACUAUCCAAUUCACUCUCUAUUAUCGAUAUAGUAGAAAACGAAGCAAAUUCAUAAGGAUAUAUAUAUAUUGUAAGACAUAUUAAAUUAUGUUUAACGGUUGUGUCAAUGCGAAGUCAAUGUCAAUCCGAAAUCUAUGGAUCGAUACAGAUGAAUGGCGAUUUUUAUCAAAAAUCGAGAUCGAUCCACAGAUUUUGGAUUAGGAUCAAUUGUUAAUUUCGACCAUUAGAUCACAUAACGUAACUUAUCGAGUUUCGAGUCAUGUUUGGGGUUCAUAUUCAUAAAUAGCAUUGUGCGAUACUGGUCGAAUAACCUCGUCAACGACUUCAAUCGCUGCAUUGCUUCAUGUUCAAUUGUUAUUCUGUUAUCGAUGAAUAGAUAGUGAUUUGGUGAGAUGUCCCUCUUCCCUCAUAGUAUAAGGUAACCACGUGGUUUCAGUUGCAUUUGUUUGCCGUGACCUAGUGUCGCGUCUGUUUGUGCAUGAAGAGAUGCAACGGAAUUGUUAAUCAGAUGCAAUAAAUAAAUAUGUUGACUUUUUGCACCAUUUUC